AGUUGUAUGUAGGCACUUCACAGAGCAUCUAAAAUGAACUGAAAGAGUUUUAUUUAUCAAUAUAUUAACGCCAAGAAGGAAAAGUGGUUUUGAGACCACUGGCUCGACAUUAUCUAGUCAUUAGAACAUUGUACAUUUCAGUACUAUAGAUAAAUAUAUGCGUCACUACAGCUUAGUUCUGCAGAAGGCGCGCUUUUAGAGAUGGGCUCUCCUUGUUGACUUGUUCACUAGUUUCCCUUGUUAAGGGAUAUGGCAGAGAUCGACUUCUUGUCUGCUGAGCUUGACCAUGAUGAAGAAUCAAGAGAUGAAGAAGGAGACAGUAUUAACUCACUCGUUUUGAGUAAAAAGAUAUCUCAGCCAUUGGAUCAUCCGGUUAGUUGAUUUUUCCUUAUGUGAUAAUGACAGACUAAGGAUACCAAGUCUUCCAGUGUAAAAGAGUAGGUUUUGAAUCGUCUUUUAUUAUCGUAUCAGGGAAACCAUCAAACAGGAGACUGUUGAGAUUUGUCAGAAGACUGUCAAUCCUAACAAUCGUGUAAAUGCUGAAAACUUCAAUAUACAACGUGUGAUUGGCAAAGGAGGCUACGGAAAGGUUUUUCUAGUCCAAAAAGUAGAUGGCAUCGACCAGGGGAAACUGUACGCUAUGAAGGUUUUGAAAAAAGCCAGGCUUGUAUGCAAUGAAAAAGACAAAGCUCACACGGUUUCUGAAAGAAACAUCCUUGAAAUUUUACAGCACCCGUUCCUAGUUAAACUCCACUAUGCGUUUCAAAAUCAUUCAAAUUUGUACAUUGUUCUUGAAUAUUGUCACGGGGGAGAACUUUUUAACUAUUUAGAACGUGAAGGGGCCUUGCUGGAAAAUGCUGCAUGCUUCUAUGCUUCUGAAAUAGUCCUAGCCAUCGGACACUUACAUUCAUUAGGUAUAAUCUACAGAGAUCUUAAAUCUGAAAACGUGCUACUGGAUCGUCAAGGACAUGUAAAGCUUACUGACUUUGGACUAUCUAAGGAGGGCGUGUGUACCACAAACACUUUUUGCGGGACGAUUGAGUACAUGGCUCCUGAGAUAAUUCGUUGUGAAGGUCAUGGAAAGGCAGUGGAUUGGUGGAGCCUUGGUACCCUUAUCUUUGACAUGUUGUCAGGCGCACCCCCAUUUAGCCAAGAAGAAAGUCGUGAAGCUACUACCCACAAGAUUCUCACAGCUCCUUUGAGGUUCCCUCCAUCUUUUUCAUCGGAAGUUAUUAGUCUAAUACGUGGCUUAUUGAGGCGUGACCCGAAUGAGAGGUUGGGAAGUAAAGAAGACGUUGAAGAAAUAAAGAGACACAAAUUUUUCAAAAGACACGAAAUCAAUUGGUCUGAUGUGUACCACCGGCGCUUAAAACCACCAUUCCGUCCAAAGCUCACCGCAGAAAAUGAUGUCUCCAUGUUUGACCCAUCAUUCACACGUCUACAGCCUGUCGUUAGCCCGGUUGACGGCAUCGCGUCCAUUCCUCCCGAUAUGUUCCAGGGCUUUUCGUAUGUGGCACCGAGUGUUUGUGAGGACAGUUUGCGUGACACAUGGACGGAUAAUUUAUCAAGUCGCCAUCGAAGACAUGGAUUGCGUGGCGCUAUGUCUGCCGGUCGUUUAAGACGUAUUGGAUUCGGUAAUUUGAAUGCACCUAACCGAAUACCUGAAGAUAUCGUAGUCCAUAACAUUCCAUUGCAAAUUCAGCCUGAACUUCACGAAGAUUUUCAUGAUUUUAACGCAGACUAUAGGCGUAAACCUGCACCAUGUCAGCCUGAUAAUUUAUUAUCUCAAGGUGACAAUACUUGUUCAUCUAAUCAACAACAAUUAAGCAAGACUGAUCAAUCUUGUAGUGUAUUGGGAGAAAGUCAAACGGUUAAACGCAAUGGAACUGUUGUAGUUGACGAAGAUGACGACGAUGAUGAGAUUGCUGAGGAAGAUAAUGUACCAGGCGCAAAACAAAUACAACCAACUACUGCUUCUAGAUAUUUACCUUUGUGUAAAUAUGACCCGACAAACAACGGUGUAACCACUAGCAGCAACAAAAGCAUUUAUCCCUCUACAAAACCAUUCGAUAAACAGCCUACUAAACACGCACCACCUCUCAGUAGUGGUUCAUUCCAGUCUCACAGAGAAGUGUAUACAACAAAUCCAAAAAUGUUAAGUCCACGUCCAGUUCUCGGUGGUCAAGUUGGAGCUUAUUUGCCUAAUAAAUCUCUAAAUGUAUUACCACCACAUCCUUCUGGAUUACAGACAGGAUCACGUGUCACUUCACCAGUACAACGUCGAGGUCCAACAUGUGCAACAAUGCAUACUGGUAUACCUGUACCUGCUAAUAAUACUACUGCUAACAGUGCAGUAGCUGCAAACGGGCCAUCCAACGCUAAAUGUAGUAUUAUGUGAAGGAUAACAACGGGAUUUUUUCCCCUAUAAUAUCUACUGUUUAUAUUCAAUAACUUCUGUGAUUCCUAUGUAAGUAAGGCUAAAAUUAAUAUUUGUAUACUGUAUUACUGGACUCCUCAUUACCUUGAUGUGCUCCAUUUGUAUCGUCAAACUCCUACACAAUAUGAUAUACUUAAUUAUAAAUAAGCGAUUGAUUAGUGUAUCUGAACUGUAUUCAUCUCUUACUCUCAUCCUCUUUUACUUUAACACACACACACACACACUCUCUCUCUGAUGGACAUAAUAGUAUUUAAAGUGUAUCUAGAACUAUUCCCUAGUCUACUUAUAUCUACUGCCAUAUAUACUGUUACAUAUAUAGAGUACAGAUACGUCAACAUUUUUAUUUGCAAUCAACAAACAAGUGUACAUAAGACUGUUAAUUUUUCUUUCUUUUGAAUCCAUUUCUGUUCUUUUUAUUUCAUUCAGUUGCUGACUUACUUAUAUUUGUAUUUAGUUUAGCGCCAAUUUUCCUAGUUUACUUACGUUUGUUAUUGACUAGUUAAUUGUUUCGUCGAACACUCCUUUGACGCUUGUCGGAGAGGAAUCUUUUUUCAAGUGUGUUCUGUUGAUAUUUUCACUGUGUGUGUGUGUAUGAUACUCAGUAAAUGUGGGCAGCAUAUACUACUUAUACGUUUACUUAUUUGAUUGUACUUCUACAAAGUUCUCCAUAAUGUUGUUGUUGUUGCUGUUGCUGUUGCAUCUCUUUCCUCCUCGACGUGCGUUGAUCACCUAUUCUGGAGAAAGUGUGAACGAAGAACACAAAAAGUAAGACAGAUGAUCAGUUUUGAUUGUAUGCUGAAAUACCAAAUUUGUUGAUUUAUUUAUUAUUCAAUCUUCUUAUCCCACUUGUUCUUUUCCUGUGUCAUGUAUUAUUAUUAAUUAUCAUAACCAUUGAUUGGCAUGAAUACAGGGGAAUGAACACUUGUGUAUAAUGCAUAUUUGUUACUUUGUUCCCCUCUUAACAGAGUGGAUUUCUGGGCGUACAGUUCAAGAUUAAAAUCACGUGAUGUGACUUAUUUUUAAAAAAAUUGAAUUAUAUGGAAUAACUAUUUAAGGCUUCAGUCCAGCUAAGGGCAUAUAGCAUAACACAAAAAGAAAACUAGUUUCGGAAUUAGAACUGCCUGUUUGAAUAUGAAAGUUAGGUGUCAUCUUUCUUAUCAAUAUGGCGUUCGUGAAUAGUGUUCAGUUGUCGAUUUUUGUCAAUUUUAUUAUGUGCCUCAUGGAUCGUUGCAGACAGUUUUUGUAUUUAAGUUCAG